AAGCACCAGCAAUUGAGGCUAGUAUCAAUUGAAAGAUCUUCAUGCAAUUUAUCUAUUCUUUUUUAAGAACCACCCUAGCCAGUGAGCUACAUCCCAUCUUAUUACAGUGGGUGCCUAGCUAAUUAUUGGUAUUUUCUAAGUUUUGAGCUGACACCUAUUAGACAGAUGGGCCAUUUGUCCUGGAUACAGUAGAUGCUAAAAGCUGCCUUACUCUGUGCCAUUUUCCUUACCAACCAAACUAACUUCCCUGUAUGGUGAUCCUAUAACAGGCCACUGGCAGCCAGCCCUCCCCCCCCACCCUGUGUUUAGAUCUAAUAGGGGGUUAUCAGCAACCUUCAAUGGUGUUUACUAAGCUUCACUGACCAUUGGUGAUUGAGGAUGCUCCACCCAGGCCAAAGGUUCGAUACCCAGAGUCACAAAGGAAAGGUUUUGCCUGCACAGCACAGCCCAAGCUCCUGACUGGCUGAACGCUGUUAAUGAUGGAGGUGAACCCUGAGUGCGCGAAAGAGAAGCUGCCAUUCAUGUUGAGGAGAUUCCAUAUUUCUGAAGAUUUUGGCUUCCUUCUUCCGAAUCCACUGAAAGAUCUUCCUCCUUUCUAUAGCCCUUGGAUGGAGAUCGCUCACAGCCUGCCUCACCUUAUUGAGAACCAUCAACUUCGCUCACAGGUGAACAAGAUGCCUCUGCUAAGCAGCCAGUAUCUCAAAGGACACAGAGAACUGUAUCUAGCCCACUUGGUCCUCAGCUACAUCACAAUGGGCUACGUUUGGCAGGAUGGUGAAAAAGGGACUGCAAAGGUCUUGCCACAAAACCUUGCCAUCCCCUUCGUGGAGAUUUCUCGGGUGUUAGGAUUGCCUCCAAUCCUGGUUCAUGCAGAUUUUGUUUUAGUAAACUGGAAGAAAAGAAAUCCUUGUGGGCCUCUAGAAAUUGAGAAUCUGGAACCCAUCAUUUGCUUGCCUGGUGGAGCAAGCCUAAAGGGCUUCAUUCUCGUCACUUUUCUGGUUGAGAAAGCUGCUGCACCUGGGAUCAAGGCAGUGUCACAGGUGGUUAAUGGCAUGCUUCAGCCUGACAAUAGAAUCCUGGAAGAAGCACUACAGGAUGUGGCAAGCAGUCUCAGAGACAUGGCCAGGGUGUUGAAGAAAAUGCAUGAUUACGUGGAUCCUGCAAUAUUCUACGGUGUGAUACGGAUCUUCUUUUCUGGAUGGAAGGACAACCCUGCCCUGCCAGAAGGGCUGAUCUAUGAGGGGGUCUCUGACAAGCCUCUGGUGUACUCUGGGGGGAGUGCAGCACAAAGCACCACACUGCACACCUUUGACGAACUUCUCGGAAUCCAGCAUAGUAGGGAAAGCACGACAUUUUUGCACAGAAUGAGGGAGUACAUGCCCCCUCACCAUCAGGCCUUCAUUGAGGAAAUCCAAUCCCUUCCCCCGCUGAGGAGUCAUGUGCUAUCCUCUGGCAAGGAGGAACUCUGUUCUGCAUAUAACAUGUGUGUGGCAGCCCUUUCUGACUUGAGGACCUACCACAUUGCCAUGGUUACCAAGUACAUCAUUUCAGCAGCUCACAACGCCAAAGCGAAGCCAAGUGAAUCCACUUUUCCAAACCCGCCAUCUUUCCUGGAAGAGAGAGGGACAGGUGGCUCCGGGGUUCUGAGCUUCCUCAAGAGUGUCCGGAACACGACAAAAGAAGCAAUUAUAACUUUUUAAAAGCUUGUGCUUUUUCUGCGUUGGGGAUUAAGCUAGGAUGGCCAAUAAUGUAGCACUACCCCCCCCCCAAAAAAACCCCCAAAUACAAACACGCAAAUUGGCACAAACUGUUUCUGUGCUCAUUUAUAUGUAUCGGUGGAAAGGUAUCUGAAGAAGUGUUCAUGCACAUGAAAGCUCAUACCAAUGACAAACCUAGUUGGUCUCUAAGGUGCUACUGGAAGGGAUUUUUUAUUUUGGGAAGAAUAUAAAUUCAAUAAAUAAAGUUUAAACCACAAGAGCAAACUUCUAGGGGGUGAGGUCCCUUUGCCCCUAGCAUUUUGAGGGGGCUGGGGGCCCCUAAAGUUGAUGGGCAUUGCCAUUCAAAUGGUGUUCAUGCACCACGUCAUGUGGUUGGGGAUGGGUGCUCCUAGCUGGCUGCCAGUUUGGGGAAGAGAGAGAGGGGUGGAUGGGUGCUCGUC